AUGGAAUUUAAUAUUGACGAUGGGUCCCCAGGCCGGAAAACCCGAGCCAGAGAAGGCCUACAUCUUAGACCUUUGAAUGUCGAGAAAGGGGCAAAAAGAUUCUCUUCCAGAGCACCAGACUCGUUUCCUCCGCAAGGUGCAGCAUGGCGGAAUAAUCUGGCUGCUCUUUCUCAACGUCGUAAUCUUCUGUUUGUGGCCUAUACCCAUCAAAUCUAUGUCUGGGAGCCGGCUGGGUCGUUUCAGACUCUUGGAGCAAAGCCUGAAAUGAUUAUAACUCCCGUCAUGAAGGACCCUUAUAGUAGCGGGUAUAUAUCACCACAUAUGCCUCACGCUAUCAAUAAUAUCCUUGUGGAUGAUCUGGGACGCGAUGAAGUCCUUCUGCUGGUCACUGAUUCAGGCAAUGUCUGCGGCUAUCGUGUUGAGGCUAUCUUCUCGGCUUUGAAGCGGGCUGCAGAGCGCAAGGAGCACCGCCCUUUUGAUGGCUCCCAGGUACUCCCCUUUUUUGUCGAAUAUGUCGAAGCCAGCGCCUGGGGGCUAGCCAUACACAAGUUCUCCCGCCUGAUUGCAGUGACCGCAAACACAGGCCUUGUCACUGUUUUUGCAUUUGCGCUUGUGAACCAUGCUUCUCGAAAAGGCAGCGACACAGGGCAGGUAUUAAGUGAGGAGGAAGAAUUCACUGAUUACGGCCAGACUUGGUUGGAAAUCAAGAGUGAUGAGCAGUUCAAACAGCUACAGCAUUUGAUGCCUGCGAAGCACCGAAACCAGAACAUACGCUUAACUUAUACUGGUCACUUUACCAACAUACCAUCCGUCUCUUUUCUCAACUGUGAUCUUGACCCGAAUGGAACAUGGAUGGUCAGUACGGAUAUCGAAAAUCAGGUUUUUGUUUGGAAGACCUGGGAGGGCCCAGGCCCAUUCAACGUGUACCACUUCGGCGAUGCUUCUUUCAGAUACCCGGAAACCUUCAAUCAUGAUAAAGAGCGUGGUUGGUCUGUCAUAGCCCUUGACCCACGUACUUUUCAUCUACUCAAAUCGACGAAGGACGCGUGCGGUGGUCAUCCCCAACGUCGUGUAGAGAAUGGCCGACCGGUCCUGGACCUGACAAAGCUAAGCAGCCGAGUGCCUAACGCGUCUCGACUCUACAAUUAUUUUCCUCCUGCCGUUAAGGCUGAACCAGAACAACCGAUCUUACCUGACAUAUUUGGACCAGAUUGCUGCAUUAAUAAAGACACCAGUACUCGCCAGUCUACUAGUCAUGCGGUGUAUGAUGGUUUAUCUGCGGAAUGUCGACGCGCAGAUGAGGCUCCAGAACCCAGCGACACCCAAGAUGUCAGAAACCUUCGGCCUUCAGACUCCGCUGAUGCAUUCAGCCACCGUGCCGUUGACGGCUCUGUACUCGAAGAUAAUUUGAGCUCUAAUGCAAGUUCUGAUGGGGAGUCAUAUACGGGUCUCCAGCAGAAUUCUAGCCAGGAGGGCGAAACCCAGGGUGGUAAUGGGUCCUUCCAUCGGGUGGAUGAUACAGAACAUACCGAUAAUACCCCUUCUCAUGGCCCUUUGACAACGCCUGAAUUUCUUCAAGUAGCACUUCUCGAAGCUCUAGGUGGCGAUAUCCCCGGAGCCGAAGAAUACUUUGACGACUACUCGAUAGAAGAGGUCAGCCCUUUCGAGGACAUAGAAAUGGAUGGUGCAGAUGAUGAUAUCUCGGAGAGCGAUGAUACAUCAACUUCAGAAGCAGUUGCUUACCAAGUCUUUAACCGUAUGUCACGCGGUGCCUUCCCCAGUGAUCCCAGUAUCUAUGGACAAAGGGAGUCACUAAUAGAUUUUUCAUCGACUCCAGCUCCAACGCAUGCGAACUUUCCGAUACUCCACUUCUCCCAAACAGAUAUCCGUCUCAUCCCUAAUCCGCUUGCCCCUCGCGCAACUGUUUUCUGUGGCACACCCCUUCGGCAACAAUUCACCCACAUUGUUGGAUCGCUUCGAGACGCAUGCGACCGCUUCAACAUGGUCAAAUAUAUCCCCGAACACGGUAUCGUAGUGGCCGCCUCGCAAAAAGGUCGUGCCGCAGUGAUCACCCUAACUGAGUCGGAAGCCAAUGGCCCAUCAUUCAGAGUCGACUGGAUCGUUCCUUUCGAGAGCCAGGAAAAGUACGGUGACCGACCUCUCAUCCCUCUCCUAGGCAUGAGCGUCGGCCCAAUGCAAGGGUUUGAGAUGCCUCCUGACGUGCCUAACAUUCCGCACGAUGCCAACGGGGAUGGCCUGAAAUUUCAUUAUGAGCCAACCACCAAUGACGAACUUGACGCAAGUUUACAAAACAGCUCCAAAUCAUCCGAUAUUUUAGGCGAAGACCUACGUCCCCCUUAUGAAGCGUGUGGUACUAGAGUCUCCAGAGAAUCCACACCCACAGUCAGCACUCAGGUUGAUACCAUCCCAGAACAAGAGCAGCAGACUUUUCCAACUCUGCCAGAGUGUCAUGCCAGGGCUACACGUGCCUAUCAACCGGAGGAGACUUGGCGUGGUUGGAACCCAUCUCGGCGUUAUCGCUUGUUACUUCUCUUUGCGGACCAUACCGUUCUGAGUUACGAAUUCUGGUACAACUGGUCCCCGACGGGCACAGCGGACGAUGAAAGUGAUGAAGAGGGAUACCUUGUUGUCUAG